UGAGCCUUGCAAAAGAGUCAAAUCCAUCACCACAGUUUCGAAAACUACGAUCCGAUCCCCUCUUCUUCUUCUUCUUCUUCUUCUCCGGGCAAUCUCCCUCAAAAUCGAAGGGGAAAAAAACCCUAAAACACGGAUUUGAGAGAGGUGGGAGAAUCGGAGCGAUGCAGAGCUUGUGGCGCCUCACGCUGUUCCUCUGUUGCUUGUGGGCCGCCACUCUCCUCUACGGCGAGAUGGUCGCCUACUGGGUCCCGCUCUCCACCUGCAAAUGGCCCCGCCUCACCCCCUCCUCCUCCUCCUCCCCCUCUUCCUCGGUGAAGGUUGCUGUUGUGGCUGAUCCACAGCUUAUGGACAGCACCUCACUUGGACUUGCUCCUGAUUCGUUUGCCCUAGAAGUUGCCCAGUUUUAUACAGAUUUGUACAUGCGAAGAGCUUUUCAUACAUCUAUACUGCCUUUUAAACCUGACGUGGUUUUAUUUCUGGGUGAUUACUUCGAUGGGGGUCCGUAUAUGUCGGAUGACGAGUGGCAGGAAUCGUUAAGUCGUUUUAAGCAUAUAUUUGGUGUGAAUGAGAAAAGAAGAGAUUCUGACACUCCAUACUACUACCUGUGUGGAAAUCAUGACAUUGGCUAUGCGGCUUUUCACUCCCAACAUCCCGAGGUGAUCAGUCGGUAUGAGAAUGAGUUUGGAUCAAGAAAUUAUCACUUUUCUAUUGGAAAGGUGAAUUUCAUUGUUGUUGACGGUCAAACUCUUGAUGGGCCCAAACAAGGAAAUCAAACAUCAUUAUCCUGGAACUUCAUAAAAAAUAUAUCAAAUGAUAUUAAAUCAAAUCCAACAGUCCUACUGACACACAUUCCUCUUUAUCGUCCUGAUAACACACAUUGUGGCCCGUAUCGUUCAUCCCCUGUUAUAAAUCAGAGAAUUUCUUAUGCUGCAUUUGAUCAAGGAAUUACGUAUCAAAACUAUCUUGACAAGGAAACUUCAAACCUUUUACUAAGCUCUAUCAAGCCAAUACUGGUGCUCUCUGGCCAUGAUCAUGAUCAAUGUACAGUUUUCCACUCAACUCCUUUCGGAUCAGUACUAGAGCAUACCCUUGGGACUAUAAGCUGGCAGCAAGGAAAUCUCUAUCCAUCAUUCAUGCUGAUGUCUGUAGCAUCGCGACUAUUGCCGAAUGCGACUGAGCCAGAAAACAGUGUCUCUACCCUUCUUUGUUUUCUUCCGAAGCAAACCCACAUCUAUAUCUGGUAUAUUUGUCAGUUUGUAUUAACUCUUCUUCUGCUUAUAAUUUGGCCAACGACUGGUUUUGGUUCUUGGAGUUAUCUCGAUAGAUUUUUGGAUGUCAUCAAAGCAAUCGGCAACAACUUUGGCAACACUGCCAAAGAGAAGGAUGACGAGGAAAACUGUGACUACGAAAUGAUAUGGGACGCGGAAGGAUCAAUGCACCUUGUUAAGAAAGCCACAUCGAAGGCCCCAAACAUUAAUUCGGAGGCGAUAAAAACAGGGAGGGGAAACGUUGUUGCGAGACCAACAGCAAGGAAGCACAUGAUGGAGCCAGGGCCAUCAGAUUACAUCGAAAUUAAUACGGAAGCAAGGUCAGAUGAUGCAGGAAAAGUGCCGCGGUUCACCAAGUCAAAGGCAACGAGGCUGGUUCAGCGGCUGAUUCGGGUGAUUCGGUUGCUUGUAGUUAUCGCUGCCGUGAAUGUUCCUCUCUAUAUGAUGCUUCUCUUCAAGGAUUGGAUCGAACGGUGACUAACAAAUAUGACGCCACCGAUGUUUUCUCCGGAGGAUACAGUAGGAACGCAUAUGGAAUAUUACCCUAGAAAUUCUUGUAUUUGUGUAGAUUCAUGGAGCUAACGGUUUGAACUUCAAAAAUUGUGGAUGAAGCAAAAGAAGCAACAAGAUUGUGCGUUGGGGUUUCUGUGCAGCUUGAUGCCGUUAUAGACGAAUAGGCGAAUCAUGCACGUAGAAGGCAUUGGUUUUUUUGUGGUGCUGGAUAAAAUAAUCUUUGUAGGAUUGGUAAAUUGAUUUGUCUGUUGAGGCGCAAAAUAAGAUUUUGGAUUGGUCUAAGCAUGUGAAUCUUUAAUAAGCGGUCAUUUUUGUACUUGAAAGGGAAAAAAGAAGAAGCAAGUGAAAAGGCCUAUGCACUGGUGAAAAGCGGGACUCGAAGGUAGAAAUGAAGAUUUAAAGCUCGGUACUUUCAACAAAUAUGUAAAACUGAUUCAUAAAUAAUAGUGUUUGCCUAGGGUUGGUGGAGUGGUAGUUAAUUGAAUUGUAUGAUUUAAUCGAUGAAAAUGGUUAAAAAGAUAAAUCUAAUGACGAGAAAUUUGAUA